AUGGCUCUACUUAGCAAUACUACCGCCGGGGACUAUCUAUGUAUUGGAGACUCUAUAGCGCUUUAUUCUGUGGAAACAGAGGGAUAUGUCUACAGCUUACAGUCCAGUUCUGUGCACAAUGGUCUACAUAUUUACAUAAACCAAGACCGAGAGAAGCCCUCCAAGAUUCCAAACACACAAGCUGUGGUAUUUGAAAUAUGCAUUCAAAACCGGUACAAGCUAAGCAAAAAACUUCGGAAGUUGUUGGCCAACCAAAGUGCCGAAAUGACGUCAUCAACAACAGAUUUGACAACGUGCGUCAAAGAGCAAGACAAGGUUCUUUUAGCUCAAGCAAAGCAUGCAGCAGAAGCAGAAAAUGCCGAUAACGCAGCUGAACAAAAGCGUCAGAUGAACAAAAGAGUCCGCUAUGGCGAAAUAGUGCAGUUGAAGCAUGUUUUUACCAAUAAGUAUGUACAUAUGUGUACCUCCCAGACGAGUCAACAGGACAAAAACAACAUGAUGGUGAUGUUAAAUGAAUUCAAUGCAAAGAAUGCACAAUUCCGAAUCUUGCCUCAAUACAAAGUCAAAUCGGAAGGUGAAGUGGUUCAGAUCUAUGAUCAAAUUGUCUUCGAGAGCAUCAAAUCUCCAGGACAUUUCUUUCACGCCAGUUCUCCUUAUCAAAUAGACCAUUCCACAUAUGGAUCGGAAGUGAACCUGGGAGUAGAAAGAUCAGGAUUCUCACUUGUUCGAUACCACAAAGGAAUUUCUGAACACGAUCAAUACGUCCGGGGCGGAAGCGUAGUUCGGCUGUUUCACAAAGAACUGGAAGCAUAUAUGGUCGCGGAGGGACUGUUUGAUGAUGAAGUCACCGAGGAUGUGCAUUUUAGGAUUCGUGUCAUGGAUCAACACAAGCCUAGGACACUGUCACCUCCCACUUCUGGGAACACAUUUUGGCAAAUUGAAGCAGAAAGUGGUAUCUUAAAUGGUGAUGUACUCCGAUGGGAGCAGCAGGUUCGUUUGAGACACAUGACCACUAGAAAGUAUCUCUGUAUUGAUGGAACCACAGAGAUAUCACUCACGGACGACAACGAAGACCCACGAACCGUGUUCCGUCUCUACUCUGUUCUUAGUGAGAGAGACGAAAUUCAUUUUGAAAGCUAUUGCAGAAUUGAACAUGUGCUUUCUGGAUUUUGGCUUCAUGCACUGAAAGACGAAGAUUAUAUAAGAAGAAAAUUCAGAGAGAUGGAAGCAGGUAACGACCAAACUCUUCGUGGCCUGAUGUGGGACUCGGCACAAGUUAGAAAGGUGGCAGCAAGUGGAGAGAGUCAAUAUGAUGACGCCUUUACUAUACAAAGGGUGGAGAAGUGCCAGGUGGAUGAAUUCAAUUACGUGGCAGGAAUGGUACCUUUUCUACUCAAUCUAACCAAAGACAGAGAGGCGAAUAUUGUUCUAAAUGCGAAGAAAACACAUAUCGUCCUAACGGCAAUGACAGAUCUCAGAAAGUUUAUGAUGAUAAAAGAUGUUCCCAGCAAGAACAGACAAAAGUUGAUGAGAAACUUGAGGGUGAUUGAUUUGCUUGUGAAAAUCCUACAAUGUCCGCUAGAUGGUGCUGUCGAUGAAAUGAACCUCAUUCAAGUAUUUAAAGAGGCAUACGAAAUUCUUUAUACCUACAUGAUUGGAAAAAGCAGAAAGAAUGCGCUUUACUUUGCGAAGUACAUCGAGUUCUUUCAAACUCAGUUUACACAAAAGGGUGGGAUAGGAUUGAAUGUUGCCCAGAUGAUAGUCGAGCUGAUCCGCGACAAACGAAAAAUCGUGGACAGAAUUACUCACGAGCAAAUAGAUGAGUUCAUAGGCCUCCUACAAAAAACACAGAACUAUAGGUUUUUGGACUUACUCCACGUGUUGUGUGUUUGCGAUGAUAUCGCGAUCCCAAACAACCAGUCAUACAUUGUCAAAAGAUGGAUGCAAGUUGAACAGGGCAAAGGAAUCUUUCUCACGGCUCGUGGACAGGAUAUCAACAGGCAACCAAAUAUUUUGUACAUCACAACCGAUCACGGCAGAUCUUGGACGGCACUACACGAGUUUGUAAACUCGGAUUGUGAAUGUUAUGACAAGGACAAGCAUGAUUUCCUGAUCCACCAACUGAACCUCUACAAGGCACUUUGUUAUGGAAGAAACGACUACUCAAUCAACAUGAUUACCAAAGAGUUGCGGUACCUUACAUGGGAGGAAGCCUUCUUGUCUCUGCGGUCAGACAUUUUACCAGAAGCAAUUCGGGCUAAAUAUUGUGACCUUACCACAAGCUUGUUUGUUGACGUUGGGAACAACUACUCGGUGUUAGAUCAUCCUAACAUCUGCUUUGUGUACGAAUAUGUUGGCUCAAAAGACGAGGAAAAAAGCCAGGGAGACUUUGUUGUAAAAGAGUUGGUUGCAAUCUUUCCUGUGCUUCGUGACUGGAUUGCCGAGUUUCUCUUGGAUAAUAAAUUCAUGAUUGCAAGCGAGAUUGGCCAUAAUAUGUUAAUAGAACAGGUAGUCAGACUGCUUUACCAUCUUGUCAAGUUUGGAUACUACCUAGACAGCGAAGACGUUCAGAACCUUCUACCACCGCUGCUCCAACUCCUCGACGGACGCAAAGACUACCCUUUUCCUAAAGACAAGGACAAAGGAUAUUCAAAGGAAGCAGUUAAAGAAGUCAACAAAUAUCAGAGUCAGGAGCGAUACAACCAGAAUCCCGAGACAGAAGCCAUUGUUAAUGCCAAGUUUCAAGUUCUGGAGGUGUUGGAUCUAUUGUUGACUUAUCAGAGGAAUUCACGUUUACAGAGCUUUGUUAACAAGUUCAAAAUAUCAGAAACCUGCUGCGAGGAACACAGGACAGAUGUACUAUUACCAAUGCUAUUUGAUGACUUUGAUCCCCAUAGUCAGUCUAAACGUGCCCUGAAAACUCAGAGAAAAAUCAACAAAGAACUUCGAAACAUGUUCAAUGAGUCUGCCAUAUUUGACAUGGAUUUACUGACCAAAAUUCUUUUAGAUCUGUCAAGUUACAAAUAUAACAAAAUGAUUACUAAAUCUUUGAACAUACUCAACAAACUGUAUUCAUCAAAAACCAACAUGUUCAAAUUAUCAAGCAAGGCACAGAUUUUGCUGACUCAAGACUCGGCACGAGUUCACCGAGAGGUUCUGAAGAGUAUGCCAAUCCUACGUCGUCUGGCUCGUGCCAAAUUAGACGAGCAACAGGUUAAACUCAUGGGCGAUAUUCUGGAUGAUUUGGCAGAAUUCUGUCAUUUACCAAUGACUCCAGAUGAACCUCAUCCGAUGAAUCAAAACAUUCUGAUCAGUAACGGGUUACUUAAUAUUCUGUUUGAUAUUCUGACACAAGACAUUGACUCAAAACUAUUGCCCCAGUAUGGUGGAAUGCAAGAUAUCUUCAAGAAAACAUUGCAUUUACUGAAGCUCCUUGCGCGUGAAAACGAAAGAGUUCAGCUUCAUCUGUUUGACAGAAUUGACGUCCUUCUGGAUGUUCGCAUUGUUGAAUCAGAUUUAGCUAUUGCUUUAAAGGAGGUGUUUAUGGGGAAUCCAAACACAUGCUUAAAAGUCAGCCCGCGUCAGAUUCAGAAGAUAGUAUUUAGAGCAGCUGAGAUGCAGGACCGUGCUCCAGAGUUUCUUGACCUUCUUGGCAUGAUUGUCAAGGUCACUGGGACUGAUCUGACACUGAAAAGGAACCAAGCUUAUGUGAUGAAGUACAUCAUGCAGAAUUACAAGAAAGUGGCCUAUGUUCUAGACCUUUCUCUGGAAGAAAAAGAAUCCAUUUUGACGAACGCCCGCCGUCUCUCCAGCCUCCGGUAUUACCUGAGCUUACUGGAGUUACUCUCCCUUUGUGCAGAGGGUGAAAAUAUGUUCAUUGAGUCCCUCUGCCAAACUAUUUUGCCGAUGGACGAUUUACUGUGGGUGUUGAACAACCCAAAUGUAGAUAACGUAUACAAGAAACCUUUCCUGACCUGCUUACACCACGUGUACCUGAAGAACGGAUCUAGUGGGGUGGAGACCAGCGCCGGAGAAAUGCCACAUCAAGAGGAUUUGUGGGACUAUUUGUCGAAUUUGUCAAUAGAGAUGAAUAGACUUACAGACAGUAUUAAAGAAGAUCCAGACAAAAUCGCGAUAACUCUCAAAACAGCACCAGAGAAAAGUGGAGCUGCAAGUGCCCCUGAUUUUGAGUCCGGUGCAUAUGGAUCCGUCCUUUACUUCCUGGAGGCAGUACUCCCGUUCCUUGAAGCCUUCUAUAGAGAUUUUUAUUUUCCAGACCAAGCCGCACAUGGAAAUGAAAUCGAUGAAACUGACCACAUUGCAAAAGCUGUCGUUAUGUUUGCUGAGACGGUGGGCCCUCUUCUAUACAAACCAUCUCAUAUGAAAAACAUCGUAAAUGUUGUGACUGUUAUUGUCCCGAUGUCAAACAUGCCAAACUCGAACGUGGACCACGUCUUGGAUCGUUUUUCCUCUGGAGUUACAGUGGAAGACACUUCUUGUGCAGUACGACGGGGAAAUAUUGAGUAUUAUGCUGACGAAAUUGAAAUAAAUGGGAAAUUUAGAACUUUUGCUAAAAGCGCCGCCAUUGUCUUUGCUGGUCACAAUACUGUUUCAGCGCAGCUGAAGAUAAAAAGUACAAGAGAAUAUACUGACCUCGGUGGAAAUGAAGAAAUUCCACUUGGUGAGGAGUUUCAGAGUCUGGUCAAACGUUUUAUAAACACCAAUGAGAAGAAACCGGAGAAACGAUACGAAGGAGCAUGUGUAUUAAUUGAACAAUUAAACAUAUCAAGCGUCCAGAAAAGGAUGACAGAAAAGGCUAUGCAGGAAAUGGACGAGUUAAACAUCAAGUGUUUACAGGUUCUAAGAACGAUAAUCCACAACGAAGAACGGAGAAUGCCCGAGGACUGGGCUACACGGACAACGGAACCGGCCGUCAAAAAGAUAUUGAAACAUAUUGCUGGGGUACAGAACCUAUAUGACAGGAAGGGGGCCAUGAAGAAGAGUCUGCCACACUUAGCUACCAGGUGCGAGGACCUCGCUAAGGAAGUUCUGGGUUUUCUUUGCAUCAUGCUCUUCAAUGCAAAUACUUCAGUACAGCAAGCUAUGUUGGAUUACUUUCUGUCGACGCGGGAAGAAGUUUUCUUCAUGGCUGUGAGAGACAGAAUGGCCCUCUCGACUAAUUCAAUCAAAGAAAAACGCUCCCUUCAAGCCCAGAUGGAUGCUAAGAAAAAGAAUUCUUCUGAAGCAUUUAGUCAUAGAACAAGGAAGGAAUUUCCGGUGUCAAUGUUAGCUCUCAAGCAAAUACAGGCAUAUGAAGAUGCGUUACGACAGCAGAGAUUAGCUGGAUGGUCGCGAAAGAAGCAUAGCUCACAUUCAAAAUCUAAGAAAAAACCAAAGGCACCAAAAGAUCGCAUGGUCCCAAAGAAACAGGUGAAAGUGAAAGACUCCGCCUCAAAUGGUUUGAAAAAAGAGGUAUCGUUUGCACCACCAAUGACGAAAGAAGACCAAGCACUAAUGUUGGCUCAAGAGUUUGAAACAGAAAUGGUUGCUAUCAAAGUUGAGGAACCGGAACCCGAAACAAUGAUUCCCGAACCCGAGGUAAAAGAAGAGGAGGAGGAAUCCUUGGAGUACAGAAACGAUGGCUACAUAGAACUGGUGCUCAAGGUGAUGGCAAGGAUGUGUGAUGGUCAGAACCACCAGUUACAGGACUACUUGAGAGAACAACCCGACAACGUCAAAUCGUUCAACAUCAUAGGGGAAGUGACGCGAUUUCUAAAUGUGGUGUACUCCAACAUCAAUGGAAAGAAUAUUGAUCUGGUCAUUCAGCUGUUUGAAACAAUGAAUGAAUUUACAGCGGGCAACCAAGACAAUCGAGUGGUUAUAUUUGACAAUAAAAUCAUUGAUUAUAUCAACUUCAUCCUCCGUGCUGCUGAGUUUCAAUCUUGUCCGACAGAAAAAGUGCUUGGGCUCCGUGAAAGCAUAGCCAAUCUUAUUUUGUCCUUGAUUGAAGAAAAUGGCCCUGGGAAAACAGACAUUUCAAUAGAAGUUAAAGACACCUUGGAUAAAAAGGCGAUCAUUGGACUUAUGACCGAAUGCUAUGAGAUGCAUCAAACCGAUAAAAAGAAGAUUGAAGAAUUGAAAAACAUCUCCCUAGGAAUGGAGGCUGUUCCUUCUCAGUCGGCAAUGAAAUCUUUCUCUCAAGCCCAAUCCUUCUUCAAAGGAAUGAGAAAACAAAAAGAAGAGUUUGCGGACGAGUAUAUGGACGUGGGAUUCCGAUUUUAUCUCAUCCUUGCUCGCAUGUUUGAUGUAGACCCAAAGCUUGCGGGAUAUAUAAAGCUGGAUUUACUUCAGCAGAAAGCAAUAAAUUUUUACCGGAAAAAUUGUCAGAGCAUUGAAAUUGUGAAAGACGAUGAGCUGCAAAAAGUGAACUUUAGAGUUAAGAAUAAGCGAGUCUUACGGGAAGAAGUAAAAGAAAUGUUAAAAUGGACCGUGGACAGAUCGUCUCCUAGCAACAAGAUAAGAGAACUAAUGGAAUGGACGAAAGACAUUAUGAAAGACAUUGCAUACCAGAGACACAUUCUAAGUAACCCGAUAGCUAUCUGUCUCACAAAGGGGUGGCUUGUCUGGAACCAUAUUGUAACCAUUCUAAGUUUUACGAUCAACAUUUUGAUGUUGGUCACGUGGCAGGCAAAGGCGUCGUUAGCAAGUCCGGAAGUGAAAGAAAUCAUGCAAAAUACCACGGAGGUACCGGAGGUAGUCAGAGAUCCUAUUCCCAUCAUAUCUACGUUGACUGACGAGGAGUACCGAUUGGCUCUGUACACACUCGGUGGCAUGCAUAAUUUCUUUACCACCUUGGUAGUCAUCAGUUACUUUCUUGGGAAUCAUCCACGUCUCCCGCAUUUCAGAAGUAUCUUUAAGUCCAUAAAAAAAUCUUGUUCUCGGGAUAAAAAAGAUGAAGAUGAGGAUGACAAGAAGAACAAACAUCAGUCCAACUUGGAUGCAAAGUUCUUCAGUUUUACAACAUUCUAUUAUUUGGGUUUUCUUGCUUUGUCCAUCGCGGGAACAAUGUACCACGGAUAUUUCUUUGCAUUCCAUCUUCUAAACAUUGUCAACAAUAACCAGCUUCUGUCGGGAGUCAUAAAAGCUGUAACACAAAACGGUCGGUCGUUGAUCUGGGUAGCGAUUCUGGGUCUUGUGGUGUUUUACCUCUAUGGCAUUAUCAGCUUUGCGCUGAUGAGGAGCAUGUUUGACCCUGACGAUUACCUCUACUGUGCCUCGUUAUGGGAGUGUACAGUUUCAGUCAUCAGAUACGGAUUGAUCGGGGACAUGUUUGAGAAUGUAAAUGCUCACAAGUCGGAAGCGUCGUUUUAUAAGUUUGGGCUGGUUGUCGUCUACCAUAUCUCCUUCUUCAUCUUUGUCUCCACCAUUGGUCUGAACAUCAUCUUCGGUAUUAUUGUGGACACCUUCUCAGAACUUAGGGACCUCAAGUGGACGGCAGAGGCUGAUAUGCGGGACACUUGUUUUAUCUGCAGCAGAAACAGUUACGACUUUGAACACCACGGCAAGGGAUUUGACCAUCAUGUUAGGUUCGAGCACAACAUGUGGUCUUAUAUAUUCUUUUUUAUCCAUCUUCACGGAACUAAAGUUAACGAUUACACCGCAUUAGAAAUGUAUGUCCAUAAACUGCUUUUAAAGGAGAAUUAUGAUUUCUUCCCUCUUGAUCGCGCUCUAUCACUUGCUGGAAUGGGCAAAGAUUCGACGGAGACCAAAAUUGAUGACCUUCUGUAUCAUGUGACAUCGAUUGUCGAUAAGCAACGGAAAGAGGAAUUGGAAAAGAAGAGGAACGAAGAAAGACUUCGACAAAAAGCUUGGGAGCAGAGACACCGUCUUGGUUCUUUCCGACGCCGCGCAAAACUUCCUGUGCCGUCUGACGAAGACGCAACACCUUCCGUUCCUCCCUCUCAGGCAGACGAACAGUCAACACAAGCCGGGCUUGGCCCUGCAGCCACCCCAGCACAGCCCCCCACCAACCAACCUGGACAGUAUCUUCGUCCUGUAUAUCCAACAACAAGUCAACUUAGUGGUAGAGCAACUCCAGGUCGAAGGCUAAGCGAUGUUGGGUUGGCAACUAGCAUGCUUGGAAGAUCAGAUCUUCUUCAGCCAUCCACAACCGGUUUCUAUUCACGCCAAGACAGGCGAACGUCCAUAACAAGCCGAAGUGGAAGUCCAGUUCGGUUUGACCAGUUCAGGCGAAGGAGUCCUUCACGUUAUGAUGACGAGGAAGACCACUCUGGAAGUCCAGGGCGAUGGGAUGACAGAACACGAAGUCCUUCAAGAUCUCGAUUAGGAAGUGACACAGAAAUGAGAGGAUUUACUCCUAGCCCUUUGUCUCGCAGGGACACAAUGAUAGCUCCGUCAGUUAUGAGCCCAAGAUGGGGAGACAGUUUAUCAACAAGUCCUAGAGCAUCCAUGGCAUUCUUUCCUGAUUCGGAUCCGAUUCUGCCGCCUCCAUCGUACAUGAGCAGACGUAGUAGUAUAGACAGGCGAGGUAGCGACUUCCGGCCUGAAUCUAUUGAAGGUCCUUCAUAUCCAAUGCCAGAGUAUGAUCCUCAAGACGACGUCGAUAGUACACAUAGUGGCGACUAUACAAGAAGAGACUCAAGAUACUAGAAACAAUUUUAAAAUUUACAAUUAAUCAGUUAAAUUAAUAACUUUUUAUAAUAUAAAUGAACAAUACACUUCAUCGCUAUUGAUGAAUAAUACAGAGAUAUUUUAGCACAAAAUAUGAACUUGUUCACACUUUUUACAUUUUCUUCACACCACGCUGUAAAUACAGUUUGAUUUGCACACAUUGAA